AUGUCAGAUGGAGAGAUUGUUGCUGUCAAAGUCUUCGAUUUGGAAGUUGAGGGAGCAAUAACAUCUUUUGACAGAGAAUGUCAAGUGCUGAGGAAUGUGAGGCACAACAACCUUGUGAAGAUCAUAAGUUCAUGUUCCAACCUUGAUUUCAGAGCUUUGAUUCUCCAAUACAUGCCGAAUGGUAGCCUUGAAAAGUGGUUGUACAAUCAAGGGCAAAACUCUUUGGAUAUUCUUAAACUCAUGGAUAUAAUGAUUGAUGUGGCAUCAGGAAUGGAGUAUCUUCACCAUGGAUAUUCAGAACCCAUUGUUCAUUGUGACUUGAGGCCGAGCAAUGUCCUUUUGGAUGAAGACAUGGUUGCACGUGUUGGUGACUUUGGCAUCGCAAAAUUUUUGGCAAAAUACAAAUGUAUGACUCGAACGACAACUCUUGGCACGACGGGUUACAUUGCACCUGAGUUAGGACUGCAAGGACGGAUAUCAACAAAGGUUGAUGUUUACAGCUAUGGUAUUAUGUUGAUGGAAACAUUUACAAAAAGGAAUCCAAGAAAUGAAAUGUUUGUUGGAGGACUGAGCUUGAGGCAAUGGGUCAUUUCCUCUUAUCCCCAUCGAGUAAUGGAGAUUAUGGAUACUGGUAUUUGGACUGGACAUGAAGAAGCUACUAGGGCAACAAUGGAUUCUCUAACUCGUUGGUCAUCUAUCAUGGAAUUAGCAUUGCAGUGUUCAAAUGAUAUCCCAGAAGAGAGGCUUAAUAUGACUGUUAUUGUGGUUAAACUUAAAAAGAUGAAACAUAAUAUGAAGGUGAAGAGAUGUGUUUAUGGUACUCGGGGCAUGGCUAUUUCGUCCCUUGACGUGGGUAAGAUAGUCAGGGCUGCGUUGAUGAAAAAGUCAAAUGGGGCAUAUUUUCCAGAGGAGUUAAUCUCAUUUUUGUUUCUGUUUACGUUCAAUUAUGUGGUUGGAAUUCCCAAUUACACAUGUCCUGAAUUGCUUGCAGGUAUUCCGUAUGGAUUUAAAUCUGAUUUUUGGUCUCUAGGAUGCUGCAUGUAUGAGCUGGCUGCUCAUCGUCCUGCUUUUAAAGAUCUCUUACGAAAUUUGUCUUUGGCAAUAGAGGCCACCAAGUUUUUCAUUGACAUAGAGCAUGCAUGUUCUGCUAACGUUUGA